AUGGCGCAGCAACUUCGCAAGCUUCGUCUGUUGCCUGCCCUGCUGGCCGUGACUCUGCUGAUCGCUGCCAUCGCACCUUGCUUCGUGGCACCUCCCAAGCGAGAAGUUCCCACUGCACCGCUGGCCGGCCUGGCGUUGGCAGCACCUUUGGAGGCUGCCUAUGCCAAGUUGCCACCUUUGGAGGAUGUGCCAUUGGAGGAUAUCGGCGCAACACGACAAGGAAAGCUCGGUGAGGAGUCCGACACCUUCUUCGGCAUCAGCUUCCAAGUUUGGAUCUUCGUGAUCCUGGGUGCAGUGACCUGGGCUGCCACCUGGGUCUUGAACCUGAAGCCCGCCAAGGACGCCGAGGGCACCUACAAGACCUACAUCGGUGCCGGCACCCUGCCGCCCGAUGGCUUCACUAACCCCGCGGAUCCUCGGGUCCAAGAAGAACUCACGGAUGAAGAUGACGACCUUUACAGUGACGAUUUGAGGCCCGGUCAGGCCAAGGGAGCUAAGGCGGCCAGCUCAGCCAUUGUCUGCCAUGGCAGCCGUCAUGGCCCAUGGCCCAUGGCCCGCAGCUGGUGGACGGUACUGCAGCUCUUGGCGUCCUUGUUCUGGCGCCAGCUGCGACGGGACCUGGUGACCUACAAUGUGGAUUUGGCUGCGUGUCAGAGAAGUGGGAAAUGGCAACAUGCCAUGCUCCUGUUGCGAGCCUUGGAAGGGGAGUUGCAAUCCGAUGUGGUGAGCUACAACUCCGCCAUUAGCAGCUGCAGCGAUUGGAGCCAAUCUCUGCAACUGCUGGACGCAGCUCAGGCCGCUGGCCUCCGGCUGGACGUGAUCACCUCCAACGCCGCCAUCGCUUCCCUCGGCGCCGCGUGGCCACUGGCCUUGGCCCGGCUUCGGCGGCUGACGGACACGCAGGACACGCAGGACGCGAGCGUGACGACGGUCACGGCGAACGCGGUGAUGGGUGCCUGUGAGAGGAGUGACCAAUGGCACCAAAUCCUGCCGAUGUUCCAACGGCUGCGGCAUUGGCGUUUGCGCGCAACGGUGGUGACCUAUGGGUCUUUGCUGAGCGGCUACGAGACAAAUUCCCAGUGGCAAGAAGCCUUGAGUUUCCUGCGCGAGUUUCAGGAGUUUCCCUACCAGGCGACAGCCAUCCCUUUCAACGCAGUCAUCAGUGCGUGUGGCAAAUGUACCAUGUGGCAACAUGCCCUGGAGCUCUUCCAGGAGAUGACGAGGCAGGUGCUACAUCCCAGCGAUGUCACCAUCAACAGCUGCAUCACCGCCUUCGCCUUCAGCGGCCAAUGGCUCCAGGCCUUGGAGCUCCUGGCUGGUGGCGGCAGUGAGACGCUGCAGAUGCUGGUGAUCCGCUAUGAGGGGACCAUUCUGGCAGCCAUGACCGCCGGUAAAGUGGACGUGGCCACAGUGUUGCUGUCAGACUUUCGCAGAGAGCUGACGAAGCGCUUCGCUUGA